UCUCUCCUCCUCUCUCUGUGUGUAUCUCUCUUUCAAACACUAUAAAAAACUCUCUUUGGCCGAUUAGAAGCAACUCGUCAAAGGAAAAGUUUUGUUUUUUGAAUGUGUUUGUAGCUUUGAAUUUUUGUUUUGAGUUUUGAAAGAAAGACCCCUUUUUGUUAUCUGGGUCGGUAAGAUUUUCGGGUCUUGUGGGAGUUCUGUGGAGCUAGAAAGUGUUUUCUUGGUGGGUUUUGGUCUUCUUGGGUGGAAGACGUGUUUGAGAGGGUUUUGACUUUUCAAGCGCACGAUGAUCCAUGAGGGAUCAUUCAAAAUCUUUGCAUGUGACUUCUUCUAAUGGUGUCUGCCCCUUCUGAGCUCUGGUGAUUCUAGGGUUUGUGCGUUGGAAGAGUGAUUGAGAUAUAAUUGGGUUCAUUUGCUUCAAGAAUCAGAAAAGCAUAGGAGGACAUUGGUUUAAGUGUAUUACGAAGAAACCAGUAUGGUUGCAAAAGACCGUUCGAAUGCUACAGACUCUCCUAAUAAGGUGGAGGUGGGAGAGAUAGACACCAGGGCGCCUUUCCAAUCUGUGAAAGAUGCAGUCACAUUAUUUGGUGAAGGUGCUUUCUCUGGGGAGAGACCUGCCAUUAAGAAGACAAAACCUUAUUCUGCGGAGAGGGUAUUGGCCAAGGAGACACAGCUUCAUCUGACCCAGAAAGAACUGAACAAGUUGAAGGAACAACUAAAGAGUGCCGAAACUACUAAAUCACAGGCACUUGCUGAGCUUGAAAGGGCUAAGGUCACAGUUGAUGAUCUGACCCAGAAGCUGAAAUCUCUGAUUGAAUCCAAGGAAUCUACAAUCAAGGCAACUGAAGCUGCUAAGAAUCAGGUGAAGCAAUUUGGAGAAGCAGACAGCGACAGCGUUCUGGGAAAAGAUGGUGCCUGGAAACAAGACUUAGAAACAACAAGAACUCAGUACAUGACAGUAAUUACCGAACUUGACGCUGCAAAACAAGAAUUAAGGAAACUUCGUCAGGACUGUGAUGUGUCAUUGGAUGCAAAAGUUUCUGCCUUCAAACAAGAAGCAGAGGCCAAAGAUGCUGCAAAAGCUAAUGUUGAACGAGUUGGUGAGCUCGCGAAGGAAAUUUCAGCUGUGCAGGAGUCAAUAGGGCAAGUUAAACUUGCUUCCUUGCAAGCCCAGCAGGAGCAAGCCAAGAUAUUUUCGGAGAAGAAUGAACAGAGGCAGUGGCACAAAGCCACACUAGAGGAGUCAGCUAAAAAAUUAAGUGCUUUGAAAAAGGAGUUUGAUCCAGAGCUUUCUAGAAGUCUUGAAGCACAGCUUGCUGAAACAUUGAAUGAAAUUGGGUCUAUGGAAAAGCAACUGGAGAAUGCCAAAGCUUCUGAUUUGGAUUCUGUGAGAACUGUCACUUUGGAGCUGGACGGUGCAAAAGGGUCGCUACAGAAAGUUGCAGAAGAGGAAAACUCACUCCGAAGCUUGGUUGAGUCUCUGAAGGUGGAACUAGAGAAUGUGAAGAAAGAGCACGCUGAACUGAAGGAAAAAGAAGCGGAAACAGAAUCCAUUGCUGGUAACUUGCAUGUUAAACUUCGGAAAUAUAAAUCUGAGCUUGAAGCUUGCCUUGCAGAAGAGUCCAAAACCAGAGGUUCUUGUGAUGAUUUGAUAUCAACGCUGGACCAGUUAACGUUGGAAACUCGAAAUGCAAAAGGGGAAGCAGAAGAAAUGAAGAAUAAAGCCGAGGAAUUGAAGAAGGAAGCUGAAGCCACCAAAGUUAUUGUAAAAGAAGCAGAAGAGAAUCUCAGGAUUGCUCUAGAAGAAGCUGAGGAAGCUAAAGUGGCUGAGGAAAGAGCCCUUGAUCAGAUUAAGGCGUUAUCCGAUGAAACUAAUGCUGCACGAGCCUCGACCUCUGAGUCUGGUGCCAAUAUCACAAUCUCAAGGGAAGAGUUCAACUCUUUGAGCCGCAAAGUUGAGGAGUCUGACAAAUUAGCUGACAUGAAAGUGGCUGCUGCCAUGGCGCAGGUGGAAGCUGUGAGGGCUAGUGAAAAUGAGGCUCUGAAGAGGUUAGAGACAAUCCAGAAAGAGAUCGAGGAUACGAAGGCUGCUACAGAGGAUGCACUGAAGAAGGCACAGAUGGCUGAAGCGGCCAAGAAGGCAGUAGAGGGAGAAUUGAAAAGGUGGCGGGAUCGCGAGCAAAAGAAGGCAGCCGAAGCUGCAUCUCGCAUAUUAGCAGAAACAGAGAUGUCAACAGAAUCAUCAUCAUCCCCACACCACUACCGAGUCCAAAAUCCAAACCCUCCAACCAAAGUCAUCGAGACGCGAAAGUUGGACAAAGAGAAGUCAUCUGUUUCAAAGAAAGCACUCUUGCCUAAUCUCAGCGGCAUUUUCAAUCGAAAAAAGAAUCAGAUUGAAGGUGGGUCUCCUUCUUUCCUCCCUGGUGAGCAAGCCCUGUGAGAUGUUUUGAUCUUGCAAAACAACAACCUUUUAUGAGAUUGUGAAUAAAUGGUUGAAGACAGGAAAGAUGUCUGUUUGUGUCUGCAUUUUAGAAGUUUGCAGUUAAAACAAAUUUGUUAUUAUCUGUGCAGAAGGAAAAAAAAGUUGAGUUUGGGAUGGAAGUGAUCAAUCAAAGGGGUAGUGUGAUUUUUUUGUUGUAUAUGAGACAGCCAUUUUGUAGAUUAUUGAUUGAAAUUUUCUUGUGAUA